CCAGUCCGGAUUUGCUGAUCGGUGGCAUGCCUCCCUCUGCCUGUCUCCUUAUAGUGCCGGAGGGAGGCGGGAAGUCUAACGGAGUGGUACGGACAUCGCCGCCCGGAGACCACAAACACGGAGCUCUCUCUUUAAACACAGUCUUAUGACUGAGCCUCAAUCAGCUGUCCUCGCGUGGAGGAGCCAGGCGCAUAUGUGCACUUAAAACACAGAGGAGGUGUGAGGAGGUGCUUUCGGCAGCAGAUGCACUGUUCUUCUGUGAGGACUGCAAAGACAAACGGGCUAAAACCAGCAACCUUUGUACUAACUAAGGCCAUGCGGUGCCUGCCGGCGACCUCCGUCCUCCUCUGCCUGUGGCUGGUGGAGAGAAGCAGUGGCAGCUUGGGAAACAGUCUCAGUGAUCUGCACACAGAGUUCAGUGUCAGACUCUACCAAACGCUCACAGAGAUCGAGAACACCUCCAACCUGAUUGUGUCUCCGGUCAGCAUUGCACUGAGCUUAGGGCUGCUUCAGUUUGGCUCCAGAGGAAACACUUUGGCUCAGUUACAGGAGACGAUGGGAUAUGAUGUUCACGCUCAAAUCCAAGAGGCCAUGUCUCAACACCAAGGUGACCUGAGUAAUUCCAGUCAGGGAAUUCGACUUCAGCUCACUAAUACCCUUUUCAUCCAGAAUGGGGUCCAGCUUCUACAAGCAUUUACCCAAAGUGCCAAGGAAUGGUACAACAGCAGUCUGCUGAACGUGAACUUCACCAGGCCCAAUAGCACAUACAGCCAGCUUCAGCAAGGAGCACAUGCCAAAGCAGGUGGGCAGGAAGUAGCUUCUGGAGACCUUGAAGAAGGGGAUUUGUGGUGGACUGCUACUCCUCACAUGGCGCUCCUGAGCUCAGUGGUGUUCCAGGGUGCCUGGCAGAAACAGUUUCUGUUCACAGAGACACAGAAUUUACCCUUCACCCUUUCAAGCGGCCAGAUCGUCAAAGUGCCUAUGAUGUACCAGUCAACAGAGGUCAACUUCGGUCAAUUCCGCUUACCCUCAGAACAUCGCUACACGGUUCUUGAGUUGCCAUAUCUGGAUCGUUCCCUCAGCCUUUUGCUGGUUUUACCAAGUGAUAGAAAAACCCCUCUUUCACAGCUGGAGGCCCAGCUUACCGGCCAUGCAGUGGCACUCUGGGAUACCGGACUACGACGCACCAAAAUGGAUGUCUUCCUGCCUAGGUUUCAGAUGCACACACGGAUCAACCUAAAACCUGUUCUUCAGUCUCUUGGCAUCUCAGAUGCUUUUGAUCACCUUUCUGCAGAUUUCAGAGGGAUAUCAGAAACGGAGGGUCUGUAUGUUUCAGAGGCUUUCCAUGAGGCUAGGAUGGAAGUGACUGAGGAGGGUGCAAGCGCAGCAGCAUCUACAGCAAUGCUGCUAUUGAAAAGAUCCAGGGCUCCUGUUUUUAAAGCAGAUCGUCCAUUCCUCUUCAUCUUACGGCACAUAAACAAAGACUCUGUGCUGUUUAUGGGCAGAGUGUUAAAUCCAGUAGAGCAGGUUCACUGAAGACCAACACCUUCUUUCCAGAAGACACACAGAAGCACAUACGUCCUCUGUCCACAUCGGACCAUUCCUCAAACCCCUCUCACACAGCUCUUAAUUCAUUUAACUAAAAAUUAAUUAUAAUAUUGUGUGUUUUACACACAUCCCUAACUUCAAGCUUCCCCAGCUCCCUAAUAUUGGGGUCAGGCGUUAUUUUUGUGGACCUACAGGAGGGUGCACUUUCAGUAAGAGGGACAUCACAUUUGUAAAUAUAUGUAAAUAAACUUUUAAUAUAA